AUGGCUACCUUGGCGGACAGCUUUUUGGAUGACUUGGACGAGCUUGGGGAGAGCUCGGACGAGGAGACCCAGGAGGACGGGGGGGGGGGAGGGGGUGCCUCAGCGGCGGGCGGGGCGUCCGGGGAAGGCGACCGCGACGAUGACAUGGAGACAGACGAAGUCCCCACGGGAAGACGAAGAGACAAGGGUCUAGAUGGAGCGGCUGGAAACGAAACGGCUGGGGGCGGCCAGGGCGGGGGCUCGGGGGCAACGGCGGAAGGCGGAGAAGGAGGAGAAGGGCUGGAGUCCACGCUAGGCCGGAUAGGCGACCGCACGGUGGACUCCGUGGCCAAGCUUCGGAAGAGCGACCGCUUCAAGAGCCAGAUGGCGGAGAUUGACGAAUGCCUGAAGCGAGAGCCGGCCCCGAGAGUGGGAGCGUUGGAGGACGAUCCCGAGUACAAGCUGGUUGUCGCCAGCAAUGAGCUCAUCCAGGACAUCGACCCGGAAAUGGUGGAGGUGCACCGCUUCGUGGUCGACAGGUACUCGCAGAAGUUCCCCGAGCUGGACAGUCUCAUCCCGCAGCCGGCGGACUACGUCCGGACGGUGCAGGUCAUGCGGAACGAGAUGGACAUGACGCAAGUGGAACUGGAUUCCGCCUUGCCGCAGACGACCGUGAUGGUUGUGAGCGUGACGGGCUCCACCACCAGCGGCCAGCCUCUGUCGGAGGAGGACCUGCACGAGUGCAUCAAGGGUUGCGAGGAGUACGAGGCCUUAGCAGCGGCGAAGGCAUCGAUCCUUGACUUCGUCGAGACGAGGAUGACCAGCAUGGCGCCCAACGUGUGCGCUCUGAUCGGUAGCCGGAUCACCGCCCAGCUGCUGGGGCUGACGGGGGGCCUGACGGCCAUGUCCAAGACCCCAUCCUGCAACCUACAGGUGAUGGGCCAGGAGAAGAAGACGCUGAGCGGGUUCUCCUCCAAGGCCACAGUGUCCCAUGCCGGACUGCUCUACCAGAGCGACGUUGUACAGCUCGCUCCCCCUUACCUCAGGACCAAGGCCCUGCGGGUCACCGCCGCUAAGGUGAGCCUGGCGUCGAGGUUCGACAGCUAUGGCAACGACCCGUCGGGGCACGUGGGUCGGCAGUGGAGGGCCGAGGUGGAGGACAAGAUCGAGAAGUGGCAGGAGAUGCAGACCGCCAAGACGAAGAAGGCGCUGCCGAAACCCGACGACAUGCCGGCCAGAAAACGCGGCGGCAGGAGGGUGCGAUCGUUCAAGCAGAAGUUCGCCAUGACCGACGUCCGGAAGGAGGCCAACCGGAUGGGCUUCGCCUCGAUGGCGGACGAGUACAGCGACACCGCCAUGGGGAAGGACUACGGUAUGCUAGGCAAGUCCGGUAGCGGGCGAGUCCGAGCCCCGAUGAAGAAGGAGAUGAAGCAAAACGUCAGCAAGAAGCUCAAGGUGGCCAACCUCAGCUCCGGCCAGACUAACGGGCUCAACUCGAGUCUCGUCUUCACCCCCAUCCAGGGGCUGGAGUUGGUGAACCCGAACGCGGACAAAGAGAAGAAGGUCAUGGCGGCCAACAAGAAGUGGUUCGACUCCAGCAGCGGCUUCAUGUCGGCAAAGCCAAAAUAGUAAAAAAAAUUAUCACGAUCGACGUACAGUAUGCGUGUGUGAUGGAGUCAACAUCUCAGCGCAGCCUGGGCCUGAGCGCACAGCCUGCAGUUCGUAUCCUACGCUGCUGAGUAAGUGGUUGUCAGGUCUCCGUACCGUCGGUUGUUGCGCCCAACUUGCAUGGCGACGAUGUUAGACGAUUGGCAUGGGUUGUGGUGCCCAACUCGAUGCUAAGAAAUGGAGUGGGGGUGGAAUUGCUUGGCAGUCGUACUGUUUCACCUCAGAUAUGACAUCAGCCCGUUUGGGGCGUUGGCGACAGCUUCUCAUUUUCGGAGAUUGACAUUGUUGGCGGUGGUGGUGGGUUAGAGUUGGUUGAGACUUAGCGGGCGUAGACUCGCCUGCACGGGCACACACACACAUACAAAUACUCGUCUUCUCCUGCAAAAUACGUAUUUUGGAGGUACAGUAGACGCGUUGAUGGACAUGCAGUGGCCCAGCCCCACCAGCGACUAACCCUACUGAAUGUUGACGUACGUUUGUGAGUGGGGUGAUGCAUCGGAGGAGGCGAAGAGGUAGCCAAAACCAUGUGCAAGGCAAGUGGUGAAGAGGCUGCGCAGAACAUGCUCGGCGGCGUGCUCUGUGCGGUAUGUUUGGGCGCAGAAGCGAAUCUUGUUGGUCUCGGAACGGGUAAGAAAACCAAGAAAAAGCGCCCAUGGGCGCAUUUUGCGUUG